UGCAUGCUGCUGCUGUGUGAGCGCUUGACGCACAUGUUCUGUAACCUCGCACUUGAACGCGUAUGAACUGAAGGUCACCUUCAUUUCAUCCGUGUGAGGGGAGAGCCGGUGUGUUAGUACAGUUACGUUUCAAAUGCCUCUUUAUUGAAUAGUCUUUUCGGCCAAGAGAACGUCUAAUAUCAAGUGCUAUAUAAAAUGUAUUUAGCAUAGAUUGCUGUAUCAGACUUAUGUAGCUCGUUUUAACGCGUGGCUGUAUUUCUCUCCCCCUCCUGGUGUGAUUCAGCAAGGUGUGGGGGCCGUUCACACCAAAUGUGUCUUUGCCUUUGUAAACAUGCGCUAGACGGACGCCUUUGACCAUUGCGCCGCAGCGGUUUUUAGUCGCAUGUCAUUAAAAAAAAAAAUAGAGUUCUUUGUGCUUAAAAGCUAUUCCUGCGUUCCAAACGUGAUAAAUUAUCCUCCGAAGGGCACUUUGAAAGGGGAACGAGUUAUAAUAUCGAUCCAAACAGAAUAUCCAAUAAAAAUGACUUAAGAAUUACCUUUAUUUUGAAGCCCCACACCUUUUAGCACUUACAGUGGAUGUUAAAGUCUUCGUAGGGAACAUUACUUAGGGAUGAACACUCCUGAAUGGAACGCACCCUGUAACAGAACGCUGUUGUCACGAGACGCUAUAUUAAAAACGGUUUGAAGUUCUUUUCAAGUUCUAUUUAACUUGACACGGCGUGGACGAUGUGAGGAAAAAAAAAAAAGAGACGUCCGUCUAGCGCUUGUUUACAUAGAAUGGCAAUUAAAAACAGAAAUGUGUCAAAAAUGUGUUUGGUGCGAACAGCCCCUUACGCUCUUCGACCGGGAAGCGGAAGGACACACACACACACACACACACACACACACACACACACACACACACACACACACACACACACACACACACACACACACACACACACGGAAAGUCAUGGCGCAUGUAUGCCAAUAGAAGGUUAUUGCUACCUGUUUGCCACAGGGCAUAACGGUGACACAGCAGUAAUGAACGGGCACGGUGGUCAUGAUCAGGCUGAGGAGGCCAACUCCAAGCAGGAUGGUAGUGCUGAUGCAGAAUCUCUAGAUGACUCAAAUGAACAAGAAGUGAUUGUAAUUCAGGACACUGGCUUCACUGUGAAGAUCCAAGCACCAGGAACUGAGCCUUUUGACCUGCAGGUGUCACCACAAGAGAUGGUGCAGGAGAUCCACCAAGUGCUGAUGGACCGUGAAGACACCUGUCACCGCACCUGCUUUUCCUUGCAGCUCGAUGGCAAUGUACUCGACAACUUUGCCGAGCUCAAGUCCAUUGAGGGCCUGCAAGAAGGAUCCCUUCUCAAAGUGGUCGAAGAACCAUACACAGUGCGUGAAGCUCGCAUUCAUGUUCGUCACAUCAGAGACCUGCUGAAGAGCCUGGACCCAUCAGACGCCUACAAUGGAGUGGACUGCAACUCGCUCUCCUUCCUCAGUGUUUUCACGGAUGGCGACCUUGGAGAUACUGGGAAACGCAAGAAGAAGGGCAGUGAACUUGAGCAGAUCGAUUGCACACCACCUGAACAUAUUUUGCCAGGCAGCAAAGAGUGUCCUUUAACUCCCAUCCAGCCACAGAACAAAGACUGGAAGCCUAUGCAGUGCCUGAAGCUCUUGACCAUGAGUGGAUGGAACCCACCACCUGGCAACAGGAAGAUGCACGGAGACCUCAUGUACCUGUACAUUGUGACUGUAGAGGAUAGACACAUCAGCAUCACUGCCUCAACCCGUGGAUUCUACCUCAAUCAGUCCACCACUUAUAUCUUCAACCCCAAACCAGCCAACCCCAGCUUCCUCAGCCACUCUCUGGUGGAACUGCUGAGCCAGAUUAGCCCUGCCUUCAAGAAGAACUUCACCACUCUGCAAAAGAAGAGGGUUCAGAGACAUCCGUUUGAGAGAAUAGCCACUCCCUUCCAAGUGUACAGCUGGACUGCACCACAGAUUGACCAUGCCAUGGAUUGUGUGAGAGCGGAAGAUGCCUAUACCUCCCGCCUGGGUUACGAGGAGCACAUACCCGGCCAAACAAGAGACUGGAAUGAGGAACUCCAGACGACUAGAGAACUUUCUCGUAAGAACCUCCCUGAGCGCCUGCUAAGAGAGAGAGCCAUAUUCAAGGUUCAUAGCGACUUUGCUGCUGCAGCAACACGGGGAGCGAUGGCAGUGAUCGAUGGCAACGUCAUGGCCAUCAACCCUGGAGAGGAGACACGUAUGCAAAUGUUCAUCUGGAACAACAUUUUCUUCAGCUUGGGCUUUGACGUACGCGACCACUACAGGGAGCUGGGUGGAGAUGCUGCCGCCCAUGCUGCCCCGACAAAUGACCUGAAUGGGGUGAGAGCAUACAGUGCUGUAGAUGUGGAGGGGCUGUACACCCUGGGCACAGUGGUAGUAGACUACCGAGGUUACCGUGUAACCGCACAGUCCAUCAUUCCCGGCAUCCUGGAGCGGGAACAGGAGCAGAGUGUUAUAUAUGGAUCCAUUGACUUUGGCAAGACUGUAGUGUCUCACCCUAAGUAUCUGGAGCUGCUGGAGAAGACUAGUCGGCCACUAAAGGUGCAUCGCCAUGAUGUGCUCAAUGAGAAAGAUGCUCCUGUGGACCUAUGCUCCUCAGUGGAAUGUAAGGGUAUUAUUGGUAAUGAUGGCCGUCAUUACAUCCUGGACCUUUUGCGUACCUUCCCUCCUGACCUUAACUUCCUGCCGGUGGAAGGAGAAGAGCUCACCCCUGAGAGCCAGAAGCUGGGUUUCCCUCGGCAACAUCGCCAUCGCCUGGCUUGCUUGCGCCAGGAACUCAUUGAGGCCUUUGUAGAGCACAGAUAUGUCCUUUUCAUGAAGAUGGCAGCACUCCAGCUUAUGCAGCAGAAAGCAUACAAAGACAACAAGACUGCAGCCCUGCAGGACACAAGUGCUGAAGAUGUGCAUUCUGGAAGCAAACCAAAGGCUCCUGAAGCAUCUGAGAAAGUUCCUGAAACUACUGCAGCUUCUCCAACCUCCUCUGAAUCCCUUAUAACUCCUGAAGAACCAGUUAAACCAAAUGCAGCAACUGCAUCUGACAACUCUGCUCCAGCGACCCCAGCCAGUCAGAAUGCAGAGAUUCCUACGGGAAUCACUAAUGGUACUCAUGAGCCUUCACCCACAGAGAGGCAGAAUGGAGAGUGUGAUAGUCCUUUGGAGGGUAAGGAAGCUGAAGAAAACAUGCCUGGACUUGCCCAAGCUAAAGAGCUGGCUGAGUCCUUAGCAGCCGAAGAUGGAUCCGGUAUUGACCCCAAAAGUCGAGAGGUGGUCCUCAAUGCCUGUAAAGCUGUGGGCUCAAUCAGUAAUGCCUCUUUCGACAUUCGCUUCAACCCAGAUAUCUUCUCUCCAGGAGUGCGCUUCCCAGAUGACAAUACUGAGGACAUCCAGAAACAAAAGCAGCUUCUCAAAGAUUCUGCGGCAUACUUGGUGUCCUGCCAGAUCCCCUCAUUUGUAAAAGACUGUUUAGAGCACAGCUCUCUGCCUAUGGAUGGAGCCACAUUAACAGAGGCCCUUCAUCAGCGUGGUAUUAAUGUGCGCUACCUUGGUACUAUGUUGGAGUUUGUGAACAACAUGCCUGCAAAAGCACAGCUUGAACACAUCUAUAGAAUAGGAAUCAGUGAGCUGAUCACCAGGUGUGCAAAACAUAUCUUCAAGACGUAUCUUCAGGGUGUGGAGCUCUCUGCUCUAUCCGCAGCGGUAAGCCACUUCCUGAACUGCCUCUUGAGCUCUUUCCCAGAUGCUGUUGCUCACCUCCCUGUGGAUGAGCUGGUGUCACGCAAAAAGAGCCGCAAGAGACGUAACAGGGUCCCUGGUGGAGGAGACAACACAGCCUGGGCCAACCUGACUUCCAGUGAGCUCUGGAAAAACAUCGUGUCUGAGGCACAGAACUACUAUCACUUUAACCUGCAAUGCAGUGAAAGUGUGGACCAAGCAGUAGAAAAAUACGGCUUGCAGAAGAUCACCUUGCUGAGGGAAAUUUCCAUCAAAACUGGCAUUCAGAUCUUGAUAAAGGAGUACAACUUCGACAGCCGCCACAAGCCGUCCUUCACUGAGGAAGACAUCCUGAACAUCUUCCCCAUUGUGAAGCACGUGAACCCUAAAGCCUCAGAUGCUUUCCAAUUCUUCCAGAGCGGACAAGCCAAGGUUCAGCAAGGGUUCCUUAAGGAGGGCUGUGAGCUUAUUAAUGAGGCCUUGAACCUCUUCAACAAUGUAUAUGGAGCCAUGCAUGUGGAGAUCUGUGCCUGUCUUCGCCUACUGGCUCGACUCAACUACAUCAUGGGUGAUCAUCCUGAGGCUCUCAGCAACCAGCAGAAGGCUGUCCUAAUGAGUGAGAGAGCAUUGGGUAUUGAACACCCCAACACUAUUCAAGAAUAUAUGCACUUAGCUCUGUACUGCUUUGCCAAUGGCCAGCUGUCCACUGCCCUGAAACUGCUGUACCGUGCACGCUACCUCAUGCUUGUGGUGUGUGGGGAGGACCAUCCUGAAAUGGCUUUGCUCGAUAGCAAUAUUGGUUUGGUGCUUCAUGGUGUGAUGGAGUAUGACCUGUCUCUGCGUUUCCUGGAGAAUGCCUUGACCAUCAAUUCAAAGUACCAUGGGCCCCGGUCCCUUAAAGUAGCACUCAGUCAUCACCUGGUGGCAAGAGUAUAUGAGAGCAAGGCUGAUUUCCGCUCAGCACUGCAGCAUGAGAAGGAGGGAUAUACAAUUUACAAGAAUCAGGUUGGUGAAGCUCAUGAGAAGACGAAGGAGAGCUCAGAGUAUCUGAAGUACCUCACGCAGCAGGCUGUUGCACUGCAGAGAACCAUGAAUGAGAUCUACAAGAACGGAUCCAACGCUAGCAUAAUGCCACUCAAGUUCACCGCACCAAGCAUGGCAAGUGUUCUGGAACAGCUUAAUGUUAUCAACGGCAUCAUUUUUAUUCCUCUCAGCCAAAAGGACCUAGAGAACCUAAAGGCGGAGGUGCAGAGACGACAGCAGCUUCAGGAUUCUUCGAAAAAUGAGGAACAGCAGGCCAAUCAGUUAGAGCUGGAUGACAAGCUGCCUGUGGAUGAUUAACAGCCCCCACCCAUACAACCCCUUUCCAUACGAGGAGGAAAAGAUGCAGCAGCCAUCUGUUUGAAUCUGUGGACCUGAGAACUGUGCUGUCUAAUUCAACCUAUCAAAUUUGAGCAAAAUUGGGAGGGGAGGCCCACGAACAGGCAUAAAUGUGUACAGAGUGUAGUUUGUAACUGUGAAGAGAACAAAAGCAGAUGUUUUUCACGUGCAAUUCAACAACAAGGUCUACCAGACGAGCUAGAGGGAAUGUAGUUCUUUCUCUCUGAGUUUGCACCUAAAGAGGCUGGAGGUGACCAAGGUUGAUCAUGACAUUUUAUACCAGAGCCUUAUUCAUCGAUCAUCCCUCUCUCGCUCGCUCCCAUCUGUUACCUACUCACCUGACCGCAGGUGAAGUCCAUUUAUAGAGAGAUCCCCCCACAC